AUGUGGAAGUGCACUUGCCAGGGAAACUGUCAAGCGGAGAAGCGUGGUAUUCAUGCCCAUCCUGUUAUGCUCAUUGAUGGCUUUAAUGCGGCUUUAAAUGACUGCAAUUUACUUGAUAUGGGAAUGAGGGGCAAUCAGUUCACGUGGGAACGAGGUCGUGGAACUGAGGCAUGGGUUGAGGAGCGACUCGAUAGAGCUGUGGCCUCGAUUGAAUGGGCUGAAAUAUUUGAAGAGGCAGUGGACGAAGGUUGUCAGGCAGUGAUUGAGACCUCGUGGCAACAGACCAUGGGUUCGGGCUUCCCGCAGCGUAUUGCUCUUUGUGGUGAAUCUCUAUGGCUUUGGGGUGGCGAAAUAUACAACAAAUUUGGCAAGAGAAUUCGGCAGUUACGUGACAAGCUGAAAAUGCUUAAAGAGAGCAGAAGUCCUAAUAUAGUCACUCAAUUUUUGGAUGCCGAAAAUGAACUGGAUGGGCUACUAAGACAGGAAGAAAUAUUCUAG